UGAAGCGUGGAGCCGAAAGAUCAGUGGGCGCUUCCUUCUAGCCCUGCAUAGUGAGUUUCCUUUUUAGUCAGGAUCCCUUUCUAGCCUGACUCUCAGCUGACUCUGGUGUUCCUGAGAAAUUCUGGAUAGUAGCAUGAGGUCCAGAGGAUGGAAGUGGUGUGUACCCAGGGAACUGCUGCUGCUGUCUCUGCUACUCCAGGCCGCCAACACUCAAGGUACUUUCCACCAAGUGUCUUCAGAUCACGUGGCAUCCGUAGUGAACGCCGUCUCUGGCAGCAAUGUGAUUCUCCAAAUCCCCGAGAGACUGCCGGAUAACUACAAGCAACUAAGCUGGUGGUACACCACCGAGCAGAAGAUUGUAGAAUGGCGUCCUAAUGACACUAAGUACUUUGAUUCUACAUUCAAAGGCAGGGUCGUGCUUGAUCGCCAAAGUUGUGCCCUGAACAUUUCUAACAUUCAGAAAGAUGACAACAGCACCUACCUCAUAAAGGUGUUGAAUGCCACUGAAAGCCUGGAGAAAACCUGGAUGAUUCUACUGCAGGUGUUUGACCCCGUUCGCAAGCCUGUCAUAAAAAUUGAGACGAUAAGGCAAGAGAACAGCAGCUGUUAUAUGAAACUGUCAUGCGCGAUACCCGACCAGUCUCCUGCCCAGUGUGUGAACUGCACCUGCACCUGGCACGAGGACUCAGGGCCCCUCCCAAAUGAGUGCCUGAGCACCCUUGAACUGAAGGUGCCUGUGCCACAAAACUACUCCAAGUUUUACACCUGCCGCGUCAGCAAUCCUGUGAGCAGCGAGAAUGACACCGUCUAUUUCACUCCACCUUGCGCUCUGUGGCAUAGCUGCUCGAGAACGUCAGGUGGCCUGGAGGUCACAAACAGCCAAAUGACCCCUUGCCAGAUGGCAGUGGAAGUCCAGAUCAGCACAAAACCAGUGCAGGAAUGAAAGGACCAGCCUCCUCCACAGUGCCCCUGGACUCCAUUCAAGUGCAUUUGUUAAAAUGGCAGCCCCUGCACCUGGACAGGUGUGCUCCCUGCUCCCCAUACCCCCUCUGCACGUCCUCCCCUUCUCUAACCUCCUCAGAAGACUACAUGGUGGGAAGAAAACAGAUUCAGCCCAGCGCCACUGGCACCAGCUGGCAAAUGGUAGCCACAGGCCCUGCUCUCUUUCACUAGUUGCUCUGCCCAGCUCUGUGCUCCAGUGAGCAAGCUGAGCCCAGUGGUGUGGCCCAGUACCCUCCCCCAUCCCCAGCCUGUCAGUCUUUCCUCCUCUUUCUUCCACCAUAUUCUCCCCUUCCAAAUUUCUAUCACCCUCGUUUUCUAUUCCCAUUAUCUUUUCAUUUCUCAUAUUUCUAUUCCUCUGUCCCACUCCUUCCAGCUGCUAUGUUCCUCUCAUCACUCCUGCCUUCCACCUAGGCCUCACCAGGCUCAGUUCUGCCUCUGAUGAACAUCCCUAGUAGGCGAUGCCUUGGUUUGUUUCCUUCCUUCCUUAGUGAAAUAGGAAAUACAGUCCCCUCAACAAGUACCUUCCAGCCUAGUGACCUUUGUGCCCUGGAGCCCAGCUUGGACAGAAGAUCCUUAAGGAGCUGACCACACAGCAUACAUAUUAGUUCGUCCCCUCAACAGAUGUUUGUAACUGAACUCCCAAAGAGACAUUUCCUAAUGACUCAUUUUUGAGGCUAGGACAAAAAAGACUUCAUAUUCUAAAAGAAGCAACAAAUAAAUUGGAGACAACACCACCUCUAGGGCUUGGUAAGGGGUGACCGAACUGGUUCUGCUCCCCUAGCACUCUUCACCCUUGCUAGAGAUAAAAAGAGAACUAGGGAGAGAGGAGAGGAAGGUAAUCAUCAGGACCAAGUCUGUUCAAGCUGGGAGAGACCUGUGGCUUUCCCUUCUUUUCCCAUGGGUGAAGUCCUCUUCCAUAAUGCCAAAUCACAGAGGCCUUCAAGAGCACCACUUGAGAGGUUCAAGGUAUGCAAAAGAAGGGACGAAUACUGUCUCAUUUCCUGGUGGGACAGUGGACCUGCUAAUCUUCUUAAAGUAGCAUCAGAGCAGGAUGGGAAGCUGCCUGCUUUGUAUGACAAGGAGUUCCCAUAGUGGAGGCCACGGACAGUAGCCAGGUUUUGGUUGUCUUACCACAUUGGCCACCAGGGAAGCAGACCCCAGCAGCAAGAGGUUUUGUGAUCUACCAAUCAACAGGAGCUGAACAGAAGCAGGGUCAAAAGAGGCCAAGGCAGAGAUGUCCCAUAUCAGCACACUUUUCAGGGGAGAGCUCCCGCCCACCACUGACCUUGCAGAGGCCCCGCAAGUAGCUGCACCUGUCAAAAACCAGUAACAACUGAAAGCAGGCAGGUAACUAAGAAAUUGGGUGUCUCUUUCCUCCCUGCCCUGUUUCAUUUGAGAAGCUGAAACUAGAUAAGGUAAAAAUAGGAGGGGAAAGAUAAGGUCAUACCCUCUUUCCUAUUACAGAUUUUUAGGUCAUGAGACCAGCUUGGGCUAAAGUGACAGGAAGAGGUAAGAGGGGAGUUUUACAUUGAGCUCACUGUUAAAUUACUGGAAGUGAUAAAAAUGAAACUGAAGGAUUUGCCAAAAAAUCCUCAAGUGAUGAAAGGCACAUUUGACAUAGUCCUCACGUGAAUGGGGGAUAAAGUUUUUGAUGGUAACCCCCAACCAACCAAGUUCAGACUGUUCAAAAAACUGAUCAGUUGUAUUCCCUGAGCACCUGCUAUGAGUCAAGCAUCUUUCUAGAUGUAACACUGAGAAAGACAGGCACAGCGCUUGCCUUCCUGCAGAUUUCAUUCUAGUUUCAUUCUAGUCUGGAAGAUAGCCACAGGGAAAAUUAGUAGCUUACUUUCAACAAUGACAACUGCUGCAUGUCUCAAACAUGACAACUUUUAAGAGAGAACUAUUGAGAAAAUGUAAGUCAGGAAGAUUGGAUUUAGUUUUGAGGGUCAGACAGCUUUUCUUUGGAAUCAGACUGAAAAAAAGAGAGGUAUUAUGUGGCGCCCUUAGCUCAGUCAGCAGGAUGCCUACCACAUACACAAUGACAACUGCAACAAAAAAAAUAGCCAGGCGUUGUGGUGGGUGUCUGUAGUCCCGGCUACUUGGGAGGCUGAGGCAAGAGAAUCGCAUAAGCCCAAGAGUUUGAGGUUGCUGUGAGCUGUGACGCCAUGGCACUCCACCCAGGGAGACAGCUUGAGACUUUGUCUCAAAAAAAAAAAAAGAGAGGAAUUAGGUCAUGGAAGUAUUUGUGGGGAUUCUUCAAGGAAGAGGGAAGAGAAUGAUGCAAGGAUACCUAGAAAGCCAAACAACCUGGUUGCUGGGAAAGUGUGUACAAAAAGGUAUCCAAAUAAAGCUGUUGCUUCAUUUCUUGGUGACAAAUAAAGAGCCAUCUUUGGUGGUGCCUCUUAAAAAGUAAACCAAUUCUCGAAGUAUUGAAUGUUCUUUGGCCUAAUGAUCCUGGGGUUAAAAUUUCAGAAGAGUGAGGGCCAUAUCAAUUAGGGAAAUCUAUUUUUCUAAAAUGACUGAGGUCUGCUUAUUUCUUUGGAAAACUAGUGAGAAAAUCUCACUGGUAAGGAGACUUAACUAGGGUGGAGUGGGUCCAUCUUCUUCCUAAUCCUUAGACUGGUGUUCACCUUUCCUACUUAAAAACUACCUCUGAUUGAGCAAAGGAAAAAUUCAAUUAACAUCUGGCCAAAGCUAAGGCAUUUGCACUCAUAAGAGAUGAGAAAGGAUUAAAAUUGUGCAUGGCAGCUGGUUGUAUGCAAGACAUCCAAAUAAAAAAAAGGGGGGGAAAGUGGGAAAGAAUUUUAUGGAAAAGUUUUGGACCAACUUAAAGAAUCAUGAGAAAACCUAACACUGGCAUCAAGGUAGCAAGAUUUAAUUAACAAAUUUUUCGAGUUCUCUCUCUCAAGAUGAAUUAGUUCCCAAUUGUUUUCCAGAUUGUGACAUUGUGUUUCAUUGUGCAAAUUUCUAUAAUUUUUGUCUCUUCUCAAAUUCCUUGUUCUUUUGAGAUCUACUGAACAAUUCAAUAAAGAAGUG